AUUCUACCUAAGGCUGCAAAUUUGAAGAAUGUGAGUAAAAAAAUACCCAUAUGCAAAGUGGAAGCAAGACUAAAAUUUAUAAAACUUAACAGUACA